AUGGAUGGUCUGCCCUCUGGAUAUCGCCCCAACGUUGGGGUCUGUCUCAUCAACUCUGAUAAUCUGGUUUUUGUGGUUUCAAGAUUAAAUGUUCCGGGAGCAUGGCAGAUGCCUCAGGGGGGCAUCGAAGAUGGCGAGGAGCCUAAGUCCGCAGCCAUCAGGGAAUUGCUGGAAGAAACUGGGGUAGUCUCUGCUGAAAUUAUUGCUGAGGUUCCAAAUUGGUUGACUUGUGAAUGGCACGGACAGGCACAGAAGUGGUUUCUCAUGAGAUUAAAGAAAGAUGAGAGUGAGAUCAACUUAGCAAGCGGUGAAGCAGAUCCAGAAUUUGCAGAGUGGAAAUGGGCAAACCCUGAAGAAGUUAUUGAGCAGGCAGUGGACUACAAGAGGCCAACUUAUGAAGAAGUUAUGAGGACAUUUAGGCCGUACUUGAAUGAAAAUGGAAUAGCUGCUAAAUGUAGAUCUUCGAAGUGGACUGGGAGUAUAUUGCGUGCCGAAGAUGACAUGUAUAUGGUUUCAGUUAAAAAAUUUGAUUCUAUAGAUAUGGAGGAACGGAGUAGGAAGAGAAUCCAAGAGAGGCAGUCGAGUGCCAGAAGAAUAUUGGAGCUCUUGUGGACAGAAUCCAAUCAGGGAGAAGCAGAGGAGAGUAAAAUGAUUGAAGAACAUAUUCAAGUUGAAGAACAAGAGACUAAAGUGCUUGAAGAACAGUAUGAAAAAGGAGAACGUGUAAUAGGAGUGAUUGAAGAGCAUCAACUACAAGGCAUAUCAGGUGCUGACUAUAUUAAUAUUAGGUGGAUGCUUGGAUGCCAUGACCCCAGCUGUGUGGUGGAACUGGCAAAUCUCAAGGAGAAGAGGAAAUUUGCAUGGAUUCGGAAAAGAGAGGAAGCUCUAGAGGAGCAAAGGCAACUCCAAAAAUGGGAAAAUAGUGUAAUUCGGGAACAAAGUCAACCACAGGAACAGCAAAUUGACAUCAGAGCGAAGAUGCACUCCUGUUAUGAUGGUGAGGGUGAUGAUGUUGUGAACUUGAGAGCUCCAUUUGGGGGAUCUUCCUUGCCUGUUUCGGCAAAGAAAAGCAGGAAGAGUGGCUGCGAAGGAGAAGUCCAUGUGAGCAAAGGGAAUUUCUCGUUGUCUGUGGCCCGACUGCACAAAAGCAGCCUCAAAAAAAGAUCAGUGGUCUAUCCCCCAAAUUGA